AUGGAUUCUCCCCGGUUAACUCCGGGGUCAAGCUCAAAAGAAUCUAGAGCUCGAAGGAGAUUGAUAAGGAGCAGCAGAAAGGAUUUAUCUCCUGACAAAAAUAUAGCAACCGGGGGAUCCAUCAUUCCAUCUGUGUCUUCUUCUAUCUCAACAAGAAGACCUUUGUCCAAUAUAACAAAUGUGUCUCCAUCUUCUUCGCAUAAUGCUCGAGUUGGUAAUUCAAGGAAUAAAUCCAGAACUCUAGUACCUAAUCAAUAUGAGAAAGCUCUUCAUGAACCAUGUUCUCAAAAAAAAAGGAAAACAAAUCAAGCUGGAGGUGUUGGAGGUUCUGUAUUAUGUAAUGAGAACAACCCUGUAAAUCUCAUUUCAUUUGAUAAUUCACCUUCCUUAACUUAUAAGGAAAUAAUGGAUAGGCAGUUUUCAAAUGCGAACAGCAAAAGAAAGUCCAUUGAUCAAGCCACUUUGGCUUCAGUUAGUCAUUUUUCAUUGGAACAUUCCAAAACACAAAUGAAUGAGAUUUUUCCAAAAAGUUUUGAUAGUAAUUCUUCCAAUCCUCCCCUAUCUACUGUCAUUGCUACGUCAUCAAAACAUCCUUCUCCAUCAAUAUUGAAGCCAAACAAACCUGAACGAGAAAAACAAACGAGGGCUCCAUCUAGAAUGAAAAAAGUUAAAAUAAUUAAAGAGUUGCCUACCCCUAUCCGUUCGGAAUCAAAGUGGUCGCGUUAUUUAAGAAAGAAAGCUUUGGAUACCAAGAGAGGAAGGUUUUCUCCCUCUAAUGGAACUGCAGAUGAAGCAGGGCCAUCUAAUGUGGCUUUAUGUGAACCUGGAGCAUUAAGCAGUGAUUCUGAAGAUGCUGAAUCAGAUGAGGAUUAUGUGGAACAUACGCAUGAAGUGAUUCCUGAAAUUCCAGCAAACAUUGUUGCUUUGCUUCAGAUAGCUGAAAAUACAGACGUUCUUGAUUUUGGAGAUCCAACCAGCGCUUGCUUUUACUGCGGAGCUUUCAUGUGGGCUUCUGAGAAAUCGGGGAAGAUAGAUUCAGAUGGGGCUGCAGCUUUUUCAUUGUGUUGUAUGAAGGGGAAGGUUGAUUUACCCUUAAUCCCUAAGCCUCCUCCUCUACUUCUUGACUUGAUAACAGAUAGAGAACCAAGGGCGCAAAAUUUCAAGGAGAAUAUAAGAGCGUAUAAUAGCAUGUUUUCCUUUACGUCUAUGGGUGGGAAGGUUUUAACUGCUCUUAAUGACGGUGGAGGCCCCCCUCAAUUUGUAUUGAGUGGACAGAACUAUCACCGUAUGGGUUCUUUAAUUCCACGUCAGGGACAACCUCCUAAGUUUGCUCAGUUGUAUAUUUAUGAUACACAGAAUGAGAAUUCUAAUAGAGUGAGGAAUCUAAGGUAUGAAAUCCUGAAAUUAAUUCUUUUGAUCAUUUUGAUUUUUUAUUAUAUAAUUGUUAACAGCCUUAUGUUCUUAAAUUCUAUUUCUUUUGUAGCUAUAAUGGGAGAGGACAGGGUCUUGACCUUUCUUUAG